UAAUGUAGGGAAGCUGUAGUCAAUAACCACCAAAACAAGAUCCAGGCAGGUGACUAAACGGCGCGCAUUGGUUCCGAGUGAGCGAGUCCAGUAACCUCCUUCGCUGGCCAACAUUUCCAACCCACUUGUCAGCAGCGCCGCUCUCCUCCUCAAACCUCUCAAAUUCUCAAAUGCUUUGCUCCACCACCCACAGCUGAGACCGCGACUGAACCCAGUACGCGCCGUCCCAUACACCAGCCCCUGCAAAUUCACGCUUGUCGACAAACCCUCCAAUCUCCGACGACGAUGGGGACCCUUGGCAGAGCAAUCUACACCGUCGGAUUCUGGAUCCGCGAGACCGGCCAAGCCAUUGACCGCCUCGGUUCCCGCCUCCAAGGCAACUACUACUUCCAAGAACAGCUAUCGCGGCAUCGGACGCUGAUGAACGUGUUUGACAAAGCUCCUGUGGUCGAUAAGGAGGCGUUUGUGGCGCCCAGUGCAUCGAUCAUAGGCCAAGUUCAGGUGGGCCGAGGCUCCUCCAUUUGGUACGGUUGCGUUUUGAGAGGUGAUGCUAACAGCGUCAGCAUUGGGUCUGGGACCAACAUUCAAGACAAUUCCCUUGUUCAUGUGGCAAAAUCUAACUUGACUGGCAAGGUUUUGCCUACCAUUAUCGGAGACAAUGUUACUGUAGGCCACAGUGCUGUCUUGCAUGGAUGUACUGUAGAGGAUGAGGCAUUUGUUGGUGUGGCUGCAACCUUGCUUGAUGGGGUUUAUGUUGAGAAACACGCCAUGGUUGCUGCCGGAGCCCUUGUCAGGCAGAACACAAGGAUCCCCUGUGGAGAGGUAUGGGGAGGGAAUCCAGCAAAGUUCCUGAGAAAGCUCACAGAAGAUGAGAUGGCCUUCAUCUCCCAGUCAGCCUUAAAUUAUUCCAACUUGGCUCAGGUUCAUGCAGCUGAAAAUGCAAAGCCCCUCGACGAGAUAGAGUUUCAGAAGGUUCUGCGAAAGAAGUUUGCACGCCGUGAUGAGGAAUAUGACUCGAUGUUGGGUGUCAUUCGUGAGACACCGGCAGAGACUACUCUUCCUGAUAACGCAUCGCCACCUAGGGCUGCUUAAGAAAGUACGACUAUUAACGAUGUUGGUAAUGGUACCACCUCUUUGAGAUUUAGUGUAAGUGAGUGUUUUUGUUUAUGUGCGGAUUUAUAGCGAAUGGCUGCUUUACAUUUCGAAUAAUUUUUGGGGCCGUCUGGAGUGUGAAGGUCAAGACUCAAAACACGAAGUAUAGCAUAUGGCUCUGCUCGUUCUCUC